AUGGGUCAAAAGCACAGAUCAUCCUUUUCAACAUUAAAGAUGCCAGCACCACAAGACCCUCAACAUUUGCCAAUUAGGCAACAGAUGGAAUCUCUAAUCCGUCGUAAACAGGCCGAAAUCACAAAAGGUUUGGAGACUUUAGAUAAUGUGAAGUUUCGUGCGGAUUCUUGGACUCGUGGUAAUGAUGGUGGUGGUGGUACCUCUAUGGUCAUAGCAAAUGGUGACACGUUUGAAAAAGGUGGUGUUAACGUUUCUGUCGUCUACGGCCAGCUAUCCCCAGCAGCUGUUUCCGCAAUGAAACAUGAUCAUAAAAAUUUAGAGCUUUGUGAAGACCCUUCAACUGGGCUUCCAAGUGCUGAUGGUGUUAAAUUCUUCGCCUGUGGUUUGAGUAUGGUUAUUCAUCCAAAUAAUCCUCAUGCUCCAACAACCCAUUUGAAUUACCGUUAUUUUGAGACUUGGAACCCAGAUGGUACUCCACAAGCUUGGUGGUUUGGUGGUGGUGCUGAUUUAACACCUUCCUAUCUGUACGAAGAAGAUGCUGUUUUAUUCCAUCAGAACCAUAAGAAUGCUUUAGAUAAGCAUGACAAGGAUCUAUAUCCACGUUUCAAAAAAUGGUGCGAUGAAUAUUUCUUAAUAGCUCAUCGUGGUGAAACCCGUGGUAUUGGUGGUAUUUUCUUCGAUGAUCUUGAUGAUAGAGAUCCUCAAGAAAUUUUGAAGAUCGUCGAAGACUGUUUUGAUGCUUUCUUGCCUUCCUAUUUGCCAAUCAUUGCUAAGCGUAAGGAUAUGCCUUUCACCCCAGAACAAAAGAAAUGGCAGGCCAUUAGACGUGGUAGAUACGUCGAGUUUAAUUUGAUUUACGAUAGGGGAACACAAUUUGGUCUAAGAACUCCUGGAUCUCGUGUCGAAUCUAUUUUGAUGAGUUUGCCUGAAUACGCUUCAUGGCUAUACGAUCACCACCCAGAACCUGGUUCUGAAGAGGAAAAACUCAUCAAAGUUACCACAAAACCAAGGGAGUGGGUCAAAUAA